CAGUGUAGGAGGGUUUGACAAUAUCCUUUUAAAGUACAUAAGUUUUUAAUCUUGAUGAAGUUCAACUUACCCACUUUUUUUCCCUUUCACUGCUGUGCUGAGCCUGUUUUUGAACCACAGGGGAGGUCUAAGCCUGGAGUCAUUGCUCCAUGCUGAGAAGGUUUCCACUUAGUGGACUCUAUAUUUGCUAGCACUCAAAUUCAUUUACUCAGCUGUGACCUUGGCAAAUUAAACGAACGUCCUGUGCCUCUGGUUUUCUCAUCUGUAAAAUGGGGAUAAUCAUGUCUACAUUGCUGCUGCAAGGCUCAAAUGUGUAAAUUCAUGUAAAGGUCUCUCAACAGUGGCCGUGUACACGGCUGCUCAAAUUAUUGCAGUGCUUGCUAGAAUGUGGUGAUGGCUAUGGUUUUUGUUGCUGUUGUUGCUAUACAUGGGUCUCCUACAGUAUGAUUGUCACUGUUGUUGAUGCCUUACUGCCUCAAUUUCAAGGUAUCAUUCCACCCAUUUGCCAUAUGAAGCCACUAAGGUCUAGGGAGCAAGCCCGGCCAAUGAGCCCACCCACUGCUGGCCCACUGACGCUGCUGCCCCUUUCUUGUCCCUGCAGGAUUGGGGCGCCUGCCCCCCACUAGGCCAGGUGGAGGGGGAAACCCCGCCCAAUGGGCCUGGCUAGGGCCCUGCGCCGCCUUAGCGGCACCCGGGAAUCUGGGCACAGCCGAGCGGGCGACGAGGAGGCUGGGCCGGGUCUGUGCCACAACGGGUACGUGCUGUCGCCGGUGGGGCGGCGCCACGGGCGCUUCGUCAAGAAGGACGGGCACUGUAACGUGCGCUUCGUGAACCUGGGCGGCCAGGGCGCGCGCUACCUGAGCGACCUGUUCACUACGUGCGUGGACGUGCGCUGGCGCUGGAUGUGCCUGCUCUUCUCCUGCUCCUUCCUGGCCUCCUGGCUGCUCUUCGGCCUGGCCUUCUGGCUCAUCGCCUCGCUGCACGGCGACCUGGCCGCCCCGCCGCCACCCACGCCCUGCUUCUCCCACGUAGCCAGCUUCCUGGCCGCUUUCCUCUUCGCGUUGGAGACGCAGACGUCCAUCGGCUACGGCGUGCGCAGCGUCACAGAAGAGUGCCCGGCCGCCGUGGCCGCAGUGGUGCUGCAGUGCAUCGCCGGCUGCGUGCUAGACGCCUUCGUCGUGGGCGCCGUCAUGGCCAAGAUGGCCAAGCCCAAGAAACGCAACGAGACGCUCGUCUUCAGCGAGAACGCCGUCGUGGCGCUGCGCGACCGCCGCCUCUGCCUAAUGUGGCGCGUGGGCAACCUGCGCCGCAGUCACCUGGUUGAGGCCCACGUGCGGGCCCAGCUGUUGCAGCCUCGAGUAACCCCGGAAGGUGAGUACAUACCACUGGACCACCAGGAUGUGGACGUGGGCUUUGAUGGUGGCACUGAUCGCAUCUUCCUUGUAUCUCCCAUCACUAUUGUGCACGAGAUCGACUCUGCCAGUCCUCUGUAUGAACUAGGACGUGCCGAGCUGGCCCGGGCUGACUUUGAGCUGGUGGUCAUUCUCGAGGGUAUGGUUGAGGCCACAGCCAUGACCACACAGUGUCGUUCUUCCUACCUCCCUGGUGAGCUGCUCUGGGGCCAUCGUUUUGAGCCAGUCCUCUUCCAACGUGGCUCCCAGUAUGAGGUUGAUUAUCGCCAUUUCCAUCGCACUUAUGAGGUCCCAGGGACACCUGUCUGCAGUGCCAAGGAGCUGGAUGAACAGGCAGAACGGGCUUCCUACAGCCCCAAGUCUAGCUUUCCUGGCUCUCUGGCUGCAUUUUGUUAUGAGAAUGAACUUGCACUGAGCUGCUGCCAGGAGGAAGAAGAGGAAGAGGAGGCCAAAGAGGGGGAUGGACCAGAGGCAGAAGAUGGAAUUGCCAACCCCCAAGUACUCACACCAACCCUGGCGCUGACCCUGCCCCCAUGAUGCCAGCUGGUGCCCCCCUAUUUGUAUCCCCUUUCCAGAGAUAGCAAGAUGGAGAGAUUGGGCCCUCUCUUGUGAUGGGAGCAGGCAUUUCCCAAGACCAAUAGGCUUGCUGGGUAAAUUAUUAACUGGUGAAGUUCUGCUGUGCCAAGCGGACCCACCAUGGACAUGUUGAAUCUUAAUUCCUGAGUUUCAUGCUUUCUCCUGAGAGGAAGGAAGCCUGAUUCUUGAGUCUCACCAGAGUUGAGGGAUCCAGAAUUCUGGACCACCCAAGAGGCAAGGACUGCUGGUUCUAGAUUCUUCUAUAUGGCUGACUUGGGUUGUUGAGCAAGGUCAGGAAUCAGUGAUAUAGACUUCCUCCAGGGGAGGGUGUUGACAGUUCUCCAAGAGAUCAAGAAUUUGUAGGUCUGGAAUUACCUAAGAUUCAACAGACUAUUUCUUCUAAACUCAGCCAACCAAGUAACAAAUCAUUUUUUCUAGAUCACCUAAGGAGGGAAAGUUAUGGAAUGCCCCCAAAAUUCAAGACUAUCUUGAUUGACCAGUGACAAGGAAUGUUGACUGCAAGUCAAGAAAAGACCUGUUUCUGGAAAGCCCAAGAGUUAAGAUUCUGUGAAUCUAAAUUGACCAUAGAGGCAAGCACUGGUGAUUCUAGAACAGGUUGGACCUAGAGAGUUGGACUACAGAAACUAAAGAGUUAUGUUUCUAGAAUGCACAAAACAAAAUGGCGAGUCUAUGGGUCUAGAAGCACUAAAGUGACAGAGUGGGAAUUCCUGAUACUAGAUAAUGCCACACCACUGGCUGUAGAAUAUUGAGCCGAGGGGACAAUCAAUGCUCCUGAAUGAUCCUCAGGGUUUUUAAGUGCCAUUCUAGAAAGUCCAAAGGAAUCAGGGAUUCUGUGGCUCUAGAUUGAUCGUAGAGUCAAGAUAGGAAUGGUGAUUCUUGAUGUCUGAGAUUUGCUGGUUCCAGUUUUCCAUGGAGUUGAGAAUCUCAGUGAUCCCAAUCUCGGUGGUGUUUGCCCAGCAGAGUGAAGAAUCUUGAUGACUUGUGGUUCUGUAAUGCCAAAAGGAACCAACGCUCCGGGGAUCUGGAGUUGUCCAUUAUCAAAACCUGGAAGUUCUGUCAGCUCCUAGAAGUGCCAAGUCCUGGGAGGUGGACUCAGGACUUGUCAGGCAGCAUCUCCGGGCUGACCUAGAAGGCGAGCGCCCAGGCAAGACCCUGUGGGUAACACAGUAGGUAUUGGGCAAGGGAAGGGAGAGGCCUAAGGCUCUUGAGUCUGCAGUGCUCUGGAAUCCUAUACCUAGCCAUGUGUGUCUAUUUCUUAAAGACGUUAUACAUAUGUGCAUUAUAUAUAUGUAUAUAUAUAAUAUAAGUAUAGAUAUCUAUUUUUUCCCGUGGUUCCUACAGAAGGGUUAGAAAUUUAGGUUGAGCUCAUUGGAAUGCAUCCCUUUAUAAAGUUCCAGGAAGCUUUGCUCUGAAUCCCAACUCUGCCCCAAUUUACUGUGUGACUUUGGGCAAAGCACUCUCCUCUUCUUGCCUCAGUUUCCCCAUCUGUGAAAAUGGGGCAUUUGAACUUGAAGUUCUCCAAGGGAUUUUCCACCAGGAUAAUUCCUCACUUCACUGAGGGUGGGUGGAUGUCGAGGGUCUUGGAGAUUUCCCAGCUCUCCCUGGUGCUGGAAUGCAUAGUCUUCCAGGGGCAACUGGGAUAGGAUAGGAGAUGCUCUUGGAGGCCAGCUCUGAACUUGGAUGUCUGAAUGACAGAGCAGGCCGGGGGAAGUGUGGGCUGUGGCUAAGGGCCACAGUCACCAUCUCUCUGGUCCAGCUUGGGGGACAGGGGAAGGAGAAGAUAGCUAUGAAUGCUGGGGGGAAGUAUGUGUGUAGGGGGAGACUUGGCCCCCAGAUUAAAUCACUGGGAGCCCUGGUGGUGUGUCUGUGAGUGUGCUUCUGGGGCAUGCAUGGGUCCUUGGGCCUGGCCCCCUGACCGUGCUGCUCUCUGCUUAGGUGCCCAGCAGCUGGGAGUCUGCUGCAGAAGUACCCAGUGUCAGUCCCACCCAUGUCCCAGCAUGGACAGCAGGCACUGUCAUUGCCCAUCACCUUGUCCAAGUGCUGCAUCAACUCAGGCGCCCUCUUCUGGCUUUAUCCCCCACCUUCCUUUAUCCUUCAAAAUCCCCAUGUAAUAACCGGAUGGGAUUAAUUAGCUGGCUGCUCUCCCAGUUAGGGCGUCUGAGCUAGGGACUUGGGGCAGUGGAAACACAGGCUUGGAGAAAGAUGUUACACUGGUAGUGAAGGAACAGGAAAAGGGUUCUCUUUUGCAGGAGAGAGGGCAGAGCAGGGCUGGCACAACAUGGGUUUCCACUGGGGAAGACAGGGCCUGGGCCACUCAUAAAGGUCAGUGAAGGGAUUAGGAGGAUCUGUGUCUAAUCUGUCCGUUUAUCCAGGUCCUGUCCCCCAAUCUGUCCCCACCUGCCUAAUCCAGGGACGGCGAAUGAGGACGAAGCUCAGACCCACUUAGGGACCUGCCUAUGGUUCUCCAUCCUGGCUAGGCCCCUGCACGGAAUGGGAAU